AUGGCUCCGACAACCAAAGGCUCCUCCAAGGAAAAGAAAAGCAAGGAUGUGGAGAGAAAAGAUACUUCAGAAUCCAAGAAAAGCAAAAAGAAGCCGGUGGAGCCGGAUAUCGUGGAAGAAAAAACACGAACAGUGAAGGGGGCUAAAAUGAAGGGUCCUGUAGGUGAACCCUCCAGAGACAAGACCACCAAAAAAACGAAGAAAGACGAUGAGAAACUGGGCCCGGAGGCUGGCGGUGCUGCCGAAGAGGUGUCAAACAGACCAAAGCGGAAACGAACAAGAGAAGAACAGCAAACUCUCGAGGAAGAAGUACCCACAUCUAAGCGUAGAAAGGCUGGUGAAGAUGUCGUGACGAAAAAGGCGACAUCCAAAAAGCGAAACGAGAGAUCGCCAAGUGUUUCCGGACACUCUCGGGACCAGGACCAGGAGCAGGCCAAAUCUGACCAAGAAGCGGAAGAUGAAGUCUACUUACAUGGAUUCUCGACCGACGAGGACUCGUCUGACGAUGAGAGUAUCGACGUAGACCCUCUGGACGUCAGCAAGCUUCCUAACGCUGCGCGAGAUGACAAGUCGGUCAAGAGUAGGCUAGAUCGUGCAAAGAAGAAACAGACGGAGGAACGUGGCGUAUUAUACCUUGGCCGUAUCCCACAUGGCUUCUACGAAGACCAGAUGAAGGAAUACUUUUCUCAAUUUGGAAAUGUCACUAGGUUACGUAUUUCACGGAACAAAAAGACCGGCAAGUCGAAACAUUAUGGCUUUAUCGAGUUUGACUCGGUUUCUGUGGCACGAAUUGUCAGCGAGACAAUGGACAAUUACCUUCUUGCUGGGCAUCUCCUACAGUGCAAGGUCGUCCCUCCAGAGCGAGUUCAUCCAGAGCUCUGGGUGGGUGCGAACAGGAAAUGGAGAAAGCUCCCUGCUGCCAAGAUGAAUCGACUGGGCUUCAACAAGGAACGAACAGCGGAGGAAAAAGCUCGAGCCGAAGAACGUCUCUUGAAGCGACAAAAGGAAAGGGCGGAAAAAAUCAAGGCGGCGGGCAUAAAGUACUCGCUGGACAAGGUUGGCUAUAAACCCAUCAAAGCGUGA